UGCAGAGGAGAAGUGAAACCCGGCUGCGAGCUGGCAAGCCGGCGGCGGCCAUGAGGACGGGCACAGCUGCGCUCCUGCUGUGCGCCUGGCUGUGGGCCCCGGGCCGCGGGGGAGCCUGGCCCACACACACGGCCUGCAGCAGGGGGGACCUGCAGAUACUCUACCAGAGCUGCGAUCCUUUCCAAGACUUUGGCUUUUCGGUGGACCAGUGCUCCAGACAACUAGCGUCCAAUCCCAAAAUUCGAUUCGGACUCAUUCUGAGAGAGGACAUCCGGAAGCUGCUCCUGGAGCUGGCGCUCUUCUCCAAGGGGACGCCCAUGUUCAACUUCUCCUACCCCAUCUGCGAGGAGGACCAGCCCAAGUUCUCCUUCUGCGGGCGAAGGAAGGGGGAGCAGAUCUACUAUGCCGGGACUCUCGAACUCCCCCAGUUCCAGGUCCCCCAGGGCGAAUACCAAGUGCUGCUGCAGGUGUCCGGCGAGCACCGCGCCCCCGUGGCCUGCGCCAACGCCACCGUCCUCGCGCUCUGAGUCCGCCGCGGCCCCGUCCCCUCCGCACCGCGCCCGCGCCCGCGCCGAGAUGGCCCGGCUGCGCCUGCUGGCCGCGUCCCGGGGCCCCGGGCUGCGCAGCGAGACCCCGCCCUGCAGAUGAGGCCCGAGGACCGAGAGGAAGACAGCGGCCCGGGGGCGCCUCCCUCCCCGCCCCGCCCGAAUAAAGGCCUCCGC